GCCGUUCAGUGCUGCCGAGACAGCCAGUGCGUGUCUGUUUUGGCAGGAAGAAGACGUUUCUUCCAAGGAGCAGCCUCCCCGCUACAUCCAGCCAGUGUCGCCCUUACACAGCUGCAUGUCAGGAAGUAGAGAGAGAGACAACAUGUUACAUCUGCACCAUUCUUGUUUGUGUUUCAGGAGCUGGCUGGCAGCGAUGCUCGCUGUACUGCUAAGUUUGGCGCCAUCAGCUUCCAGCGACAUUUCCGCCUCCCGACCGAACAUCCUUCUUCUGAUGGCGGACGACCUUGGCAUUGGGGACAUUGGCUGCUAUGGCAACAACACCAUGAGGACUCCGAAUAUUGACCGCCUUGCAGAGGACGGCGUGAAGCUGACCCAACACAUCUCUGCCGCAUCUUUGUGCACCCCAAGCAGAGCCGCCUUCCUCACGGGCAGAUACCCUGUGCGAUCAGGGAUGGUUUCCAGCAUUGGUUACCGUGUUCUUCAGUGGACCGGAGCGUCUGGAGGUCUUCCAACAAAUGAGACAACUUUUGCAAAAAUACUGAAAGAGAAAGGCUAUGCCACUGGACUCAUUGGAAAAUGGCAUCUGGGUCUCAACUGUGAGUCAGCCAGCGAUCAUUGCCACCACCCUCUCCAUCAUGGCUUUGACCAUUUCUACGGAAUGCCUUUCUCCUUGAUGGGUGAUUGCGCCCGCUGGGAACUCUCAGAGAAGCGUGUCAACCUGGAACAAAAACUCAACUUCCUCUUCCAAGUCCUGGCCUUGGUUGCCCUCACACUGGUAGCAGGGAAGCUCACACACCUGAUACCCGUCUCGUGGAUGCCGGUCAUCUGGUCAGCCCUUUCGGCCGUCCUCCUCCUCGCAAGCUCCUAUUUUGUGGGUGCUCUGAUUGUCCAUGCCGAUUGCUUUCUGAUGAGAAACCACACCAUCACGGAGCAGCCCAUGUGCUUCCAAAGAACGACACCCCUUAUUCUGCAGGAGGUUGCGUCCUUUCUCAAAAGGAAUAAGCAUGGGCCUUUCCUCCUGUUUGUUUCCUUUCUGCACGUUCACAUCCCUCUUAUCACUAUGGAGAACUUCCUCGGGAAGAGUCUCCACGGGCUGUAUGGGGACAACGUAGAGGAGAUGGACUGGAUGGUAGGACGGAUCCUUGACACUUUGGACGUGGAGGGUUUGAGCAACAGCACCCUCAUUUAUUUUACAUCGGAUCACGGUGGUUCCCUAGAGAAUCAACUUGGAAACACCCAGUAUGGUGGCUGGAAUGGAAUUUAUAAAGGUGGGAAGGGCAUGGGAGGAUGGGAAGGUGGGAUCCGCGUGCCCGGGAUCUUCCGCUGGCCCGGGGUGCUCCCGGCCGGCCGAGUGAUUGGCGAGCCCACGAGUCUGAUGGACGUGUUCCCCACCGUGGUCCAGCUGGCGGGCGGCGAGGUGCCCCAGGACAGAGUGAUUGACGGCCAAGACCUUCUGCCCUUGCUCCUGGGGACAGCCCAACACUCAGACCACGAGUUCCUGAUGCAUUAUUGUGAGAGGUUUCUGCACGCAGCCAGGUGGCAUCAACGGGACAGAGGAACAAUGUGGAAAGUCCACUUUGUGACCCCAGUGUUCCAGCCAGAGGGAGCCGGUGCCUGCUAUGGAAGAAAGGUCUGCCCGUGCUUUGGGGAAAAAGUAGUCCACCACGAUCCACCUUUGCUCUUUGACCUCUCAAGAGACCCUUCUGAGACCCAUAUCCUCACACCAGCCUCAGAGCCCAUGUUCUAUCAGGUGAUGGAACGAGUCCAGCAGGCGGUGCGGGAACACCAGCGGACACUCAGCCCAGUUCCUCUGCAGCUGGACAGGCUGGGCAACAUCUGGAGACCGUGGCUGCAGCCCUGCUGUGGCCCGUUCCCCCUCUGCUGGUGCCUUAGGGAAGAUGACCCACAAUAACUCUCUGCAGUGAAAAGCUGGAGCCCCGAUUCCUAAAUUUUGUCACUCAAAUUGAAACAAACCAGCUGGCCAUGGUGGUUGUCAUCCCAGCACUUUAGGAGGCCACCACGGGAGGAUCACUCCUGUGAUCAAAACCAACCUGGGCAACAUGAUGAAACUCUAGCUCUACAAAACAAAAAUAAAAAAAAAAUUAGCCUGCAUGGUGGCACACGCCUGUAGUUCUAGCUUCUCAGGAGGCUAAGGCAGGAGGAUCAUUUGAGCACCAGAGUUGGAGGCUGCACUGAGCUAUGAUUGUACCACUGCACCCCAGCCUGGGCAACGGAGCAAGACCCUGUCUCAAAAAAGAAAGAAAACAAAAAAAUGAAACAAACUUCAGUGUCAUGUUAAGAUAUCUAUUUGUAUAAGGAUGAAUAGUUUCCCCCUGUGAAAAACAAAGGAAAAGGCAAGAAAAAGUAGAAAUGAACAAUAAACAUUGGCCAGGCGCAGUGGCUCACGCCUGUAAUCCCAGCACUUUGGGAGACAGAGGCAGGCAGAUCACUUGAGGUCAGGAGUUCGAGACCAGCCUGACCAACAUGGUGAAACCCUGUCUCUAUCAAAAAAAAAAAAAAAAAAAAAAAAAGCAGCAGCAGCAGCCAGGCGUGGUGGCAUAUGCCUGUAAUGCCAGCUACUCAGGAGGCUGAGGCAGAAGAAUUGCUUGAAGCUGGGAGGCAGAGGUUGCAGUGAGCUGAGAUCGUACCACUGCACCCCAGACUGGGUGACAGAGCAAGACUGUCUCAUCAAAAAUAAAUAAAUAAACAAACAAACAUUAAUAAUGCACCGUUGAAUGAUCACUCAGACACCAAACUGGAGAGGCAAAGUAUCUCCUGGAGUCGGGGAGGAGUCUGUCAAUGGACCCCAGCUCAGUCUGGAAGAGGCCUGCCCUGUAGCCCACAACAGCACAAGUCCCAGCAAAGGUGUCUCUGUGACCUACAGGUUUGCACAUGAACAGGAGAUAGGCCCCAAAGAUAAAAACCGGCACUGAUGUGGCUUUGUCUGUGGUGCCCAUUUAUAGUGUUUGUUUAUCGUUUAUGGCCACAAGGAUGAACUGUGCUUCCCGCUGGAACUGUUUUCAAGUGGUUUUCCUUUGUCCCCAAUGCCCCAGGUGAUUUGGGCAAACUCUGGCUGUGGAAGCCGCGCUGUGCAGGCAGUGUUCGCCCCAGCUCCGAGCUGCAAGGUCAUUGCAUAAUCAGGCUGUGCCUUAAUUGUCUGGGCUGCUAGAAUGAAAAUACCAUAAACUGGGUAUCAUCAAGAAUAUUUCUUUCUUGCAGUUCUAGAGGCUGGAUGUCCAAGACCACGGCGUGACAGAACCUGUGUCUGGGGAGACAGAACGUGUGUCUGGGGAGAACCUAUUUCUCGGUUCACCGGCGUCCCAUGUCUUCACACGGUCAUCCCUCUGUGCCUGUCUGUGUCCUAUCUCUGAUUCUUGUUUUUUGUUUUUUGUUUUUUUUUUGAGACGGGGUCUUGCUCUGUUGCCCAGGCUGGAGUGCAAUGGCGUGAUCUCGGCUCACUGCAACCUCUGCCACAGGUUCAAGUGAUUCCCCUGUCUCAGCCUCCCGAGUAGGUGGGACUACAGGCGUGCACCACCAUGCCCGGCUAAUUUUUGUAUUAUUUAGUAGAGGCGUGUUUCACCAUGUUGCCCAGGCUGGUCUAGAACUCCCGACCUCAAGUGAUCCGCCCACCUUGGCCUCCCAAAGUGCUGAGAUUACAGGCAUGAGUCACUGCACCCGGCCCUAAUCUCCUCUUCUUAUAAGGACCCCACUCCUAUUGGAAUAGGGCCCACUCUUGUGACCUAAUUUUAAAGGAUGAAUAAAAACCUUAUUCCUGUGA